AGCUGCCUAGGGCUCCGCUGCCGCUUGCCAUGGCGAGGUUCGGGAGGUUCGCAUUGCUGGUGGCACUGGCUUGCGGUGUUGGUGAUGCACAGUGCAACGGCAUUAAGGUGGAGGAGAUCUAUGCCAACGAGCGCGCCUUCGCCGCCAGGAAGAGCGACGGGAGCGUGGUGACUUGGGGCUCCAAACACCACGGCGGGGAUUCCUCGACGGUGGCGUCCCAGAUCGCCUCAGGAGUCGAGAACAUCUACUUCAACAACUACGCCUUCGCGGCCAGAAAAGGUGACGGUAGCGUGGUUACCUGGGGGGAUUCAGACUACGGCGGGGAUUCCAGCUCAGUAUCUGCCCAGCUAGCCUCGGGAGUCGAGGACAUCUAUGCGGGCCCCUACGUUUUCGCGGCCAAAAAGUCCGGCGGGGCUGUGGUGACCUGGGGCCAUCCCUUCUACGGCGGGACCUCCAGUGCUGUUGCGUCACAGCUGGCCUCGGGAGUGGAGGUCAUCUACUCCAACCGUGCCGCCAUGGCUGCUAAGAAGGUGGACGGCAGUGUGGUGACUUGGGGCGAUGCCUACUACGGCGGCGAUUCCAGCGCCGUAUCUUCACAGCUCGCUUCAGGAGUAGAUGUGAUCUACUCCACGCGAACGGCCUUUGCCGCAAAGAAGACGGAUGGGAGCGUUGUCACUUGGGGCGAUCCCGGCUUCGGCGGAGAUUCCAGCUCUGUGUCAUCGAAGCUCUCGUCAGGAGUGGAUGUCAUCUACUCCAACGACUACGCCUUUGCUGCCAAGAAGACGGAUGGGAGCGUGGUGACCUGGGGAUACUAUGACUAUGGCAGAACCUCGGGCACAUCUGUGGCUGAUCUCGAGUCAGGAGUGGAUAGCGUGUACUCCACCGACCAAGCCUUUGCCGCGCGGAAGAACGAUGGCUCUGUGGUGACCUGGGGGGACCCCAGCUAUGGUGGGGACUCCAGCGCGGUAUCUUCCCAGCUGGGCUCCGGCGUGGACGUGAUCUUCUCCACGCUCUUCGCCUUCGCCGCGAAGAAGAGCGAUGGCUCAGUGGUGGCUUGGGGUGACCCUCACUAUGGCGGUGAGAUCCCGGCAUCCGUGGCGCCGCAGCUGGCCUCAGGAGUGACAGUGAUCUUCGCCACGGGCUACGCCUUCGCGGCGCUCAAAACCAACGGCACCGUCGUGGCCUGGGGGGACCCCAGCCGCGGCGGCGACCUCUCGGCUGUGGAGGACCAGCUCGCCUCAGGCGUGGAGGUGAUUUUCGCCGCCCGGGGUGCCUUUGCGGCCAAGAAGAAGGACGGCUCCGUGGUGACCUGGGGCACCUCCUCCGCCGGCGGCGACUCCUCGCAGGUGGCCACAGAGCUCAGCACAGGGGUGGAUGUGGUGUACUCCAUCCACGACGCCUUCGCCGCCAAGAAGCAGGAUGGCUCUCUGCUGACCUGGGGCAUGGUGUCGCUCAACGGUGCGCCCUGUUCCACCACUUUGCCCAUGGAGACUAUGAACGCGAACGGCGCUGCUGACACCGCGCUUCGAGCAGUUGCCGCGCUGCUCGCGAUCCAAAUGUUUAUGUGCAGAUGAGCCACACUCAAACCCAUGGUGUGUUCUCACCAAGUUCUUGUCAUCUGAGCGUGUCAGUUCCUGAAUUGGU